ACAAUAUGACCAUAAAAAUGGAAAAUUAAGUUCCUAAAUUAUAGGUACCUAAUAAGAAGUACCUUGUACUGUGAUCUGAGAUUUGAUAACUUUACACAAAUACCUAGAAAUAAUUAAUUUCCACCCCCAUCUUAAUUUCAUCACUAACAUUAAUUAUACUCAUUUUAAAAUUAUUAUCUUUUGAUUCUAAAGAAAAAAGAUCUUGUAUACCCAAGGACCAGCUUAUUGUUUUUUUAAUGCUGAUCCAUAAUGUGAGUGUUUUUGUAGUAUAAUUGAACUCUGCAUCUUCACUAGCUGGAAAAAAUUCAAUUUUUUUUAAAGACCUGAAGUAAUGUUCUUGGUAUAUUGGAUUGUUGUUAUUGGAUCCACAUAGAGGAAUUAAAGGAUUGAUUUUUUUAUUUGUGGAGUUAUUUUGGUGAAUUGGGUCUUUUUUUCUGGUUGAUUUAGUGUAAAGAUUUGAACUUUAGAAAAAAAAAAAGGGGGAUUUUGUGGUUGAUUUUUUUAUUUUGAGAUCAUUUGGUGAGUUGGGUGUCUUUUUAUGGUUGAAUUUAGUGUAAAGAUUUGAACUUUAGCAAGAAAACAGUUGGAUUUUGUGGUUGGUUUUUUAUUUUGAGAUCAUUUGGUGAAUUGGGUCUCUUUUUCUGGUUGCAUUUAGUGCAAAGAUUUGAACUUUAGAAAGAAAAAGGGGAUUUUCUGGUUAGUUUUGGAUUCUGAGAUCAUUUUGGUGAGUUGGGUCUCUUUUUUCUGGUUGAAUUUAGUGUAAGGAUUUGAACUUUAGAAAGAAAACAGUUGGAUUUUGUGGUUGGUUUUUUAUUUUGAGAUCAUUUGGUGAAUUGGGUCUCUUUUUUCUGGUUGAAUUUAGUGCAAAGAUUUGAACUUUAGGAAGAAAUCAGUUGGAAUUUGUGGUUGAUUUUGGAUUCUGUGAUCAUUUGGUGAGUUGGGUCGCGUUUUUCUUGGCGAACUUAGUGGUUUUUUUCUUAGUGUGGGGGAUUUUGUUGAAGUAGUCCACAUCAGUAGGUGAAUUUUGUACCAAGAUUUGAACUUUAGGAAGAAAACAGUUGGAUUUUCUGGUUAAAUUUCGAUUCCAUGAUCAUUUGGCGAGUUGGGUCUCGUUUUAAUUGGUGAAUUUAGUGGUUUUUUUCCUCAGUGUGGAGGAUUUUGUUGAAGUAGUCCACAUUAGGAGGUGGAUUGUAUACCAAGAUUUGAACUUUAGAAAGAAAACAGUUGGAUUUCUGGUUAAUAAUCGAUUCUGUGAUCAUUUGGCGAGUUGUCUCUCGUUUUUCUUGGUGAAUUUAGUGAUUUUUUUCACUUGAGUGGGAGAUUUGGUUGAAGUAGUCCAUAUUAGCAGGUGAAUUUUAUACCACGAUUUGAACUCUAGGAAGAUAACAAUUGCAUGUGUAUGAGAGGAAAUAGGAUAAUGAGAGGUAAAUUAGGAGGACUGAGGGUGAGGGGACAACAAUGACUAUAGAGUCAUUUGCUCUUUGUUCUUCUGAAAGUUAUAGUUCUUUGCUGCAUUCUAAACUACAACACCCUGAAAGCAACCUAAAAUGUUUAAGGAGAAAGAAGGACUAUUCCCCGGGAUUCACAAAUUUGCACCUAGAAAGAAGGUGGGGAUGCUGCUAUUGUGUGCUGUUUCAUUAGCAGUUUUCUUGUGGGUCUUGUUUGUUGACAAAGGUGAAGAUGCACAAGAACUUAAUGCCUCCACAAGAACUAAUGUUGGACAAAGGGCAGUAACUGUCCAACCUCUUCCUCCUCCUCGUCCUGUAUACUUUAAAGGAUACACUCUUCCUCCUGGGAAUCCAUGUGAAGGCUUCACGUUGCCACCCCCGCCAGCAGAUAAAAAGAGGACGGGACCAAGGCCAUGUCCAGUAUGCUAUCUUCCUGUUGAACAAGCUAUUGCAUUAAUGCCUGAUGCACCAUCCUUUUCUCCUGGGGUUAGCAAUUUGACUUACAUUCAUGAAGAAAAUUCAGGGAAACCCGAGUUUGGAGGAUAUCCAUCACUGAUGCAGAGGAAUGAUUCAUAUGAUGUAAGAGAGUCCAUGAGUGUGCACUGUGGAUUUGUUAGAGGAAUCAGGCCUGGACAUCAAACAGGUUUUGACAUUGAUGAUUCUGACCUUCAUGCAAUGGAAUCUUGUCGAGGUGUCGUUGUGGCAUCAGCAAUAUUUGGAGCUUUUGAUUUGAUAAGGCAACCAAAAAAUAUCAGCGAAUAUGCCACAAAAAAUGUCUGCUUCCACAUGCUUGUGGAUGAAGAAACAGAAGUUUUCUUAAGAAACUCUAGUGAGCUAGAUGGUACCAUGAGAAUUGGCUUAUGGAGAAUUGUCAUUGUUCAUAACCUACCUUAUGAUGAUCCGAGGCGAAAUGGAAAGGUUCCAAAGCUUCUGCUUCACAGGCUUUUUCCCAACGCUCGUUAUUCUCUAUGGAUUGAUGCAAAACUUGAGCUGGUUGUCGAUCCAUAUCAAAUACUUGAAAGGUUCUUGUGGAGAAAAAAUGCCAGCUUUGCAAUAUCAAGGCAUUAUAGGCGCUUUGAUGUGUUUGUAGAAGCAGAAGCUAAUAAGGCAGCUGCAAAGUUUGACAAUGCUUCCAUUGACUAUCAAGUUCAAUUCUAUAAAAAGGAAGGUCUAACUCCUUAUUCCACAGCUAAACUUCCUAUUACAAGUGAUGUCCCUGAGGGAUGUGUAGUAGUAAGGGAGCACAUUCCAAUCUCCAAUCUCUUUGCUUGUCUUUGGUUUAACGAAGUGGACCGUUUUACUCCAAGAGACCAAAUUAGCUUCGCCAUUGUGAGGGACAAGAUCAUGUCUAAGACAAAUUGGACAGUGAAUAUGUUCUUGGACUGUGAAAGGCGCAACUUUGUGAUUCAGGGGUAUCACCGAGACAUUCUUGAGCACUGGGCUCCCCCACCUCCCCCUGGUGCCACUGAAAUUGUUCAUCCUCCACCGCCUGUAGCUAAUGAAACCAUACAGACCUCGGGCAAUGUUACAGCGUCAAGGUCCAUUACUGAAUCAUUAAAGAAGGUACCUUCAAGGCGCGGAAGAGAGAGGAAAUCCAAGUGUCACAGAAAAGUUAUCGGAAGUUAGGAUCCUAACUUAAGUUAGAAAUUUUGCUUAAGCAAUUUCUUCUUUUUCCUUCCCUGUUAUCAAUUUUGGGGCGAGGAGCUUUGCUAGAUGAACAUCAAAGCUUUUAACACAAGGAAGGUAUCAAGUUUAGGCGUCAAAUUUAUCUUCUUCUUUUUAUAUAUAUAUGGUCACUACCCAGUGUAAUCCCACAAUAGUGGGGUCUGGGGAGGGUAAGAUGUACGCAGCCUUACCCCUACCUGGGUAGGGAGGCCGUUUCCGAUUGACCCUCGGCAACCCUCCUCCUUUAUCCGGGCUUGGGACCGGCAAUGUGAGCAAGCUCACACAGGCGGAGUUUCUUUUUUUUUUUUUUUUUUUUUUUGAAGUCUUAAACAAUUCUUUUCCAUAUCAUAGCAAUAUCAUACUGGAGCUAUCUCAUGUACUUACUAUCCUGUGUAACUCUUGUUUCUGAAGAAGAAGUAUUCAAAGCCGUUAGUACAAUAGUACUUUGACUCAACCAGUGGAGGAAAGCAAUAUAGUGAUGGUGGUGUUCAGGUUAGCUUUUGCGGACUUCAACCACCUCUCACCAACAGGGGUAUCAUAUGACUGUCCCCUAAGGUUUAGGCAUCGAAAGAAAUCACCUAGUAUUUUUUUCUGGAAGAAUUUAAUCAUGACACAACUAAUACUUUACUUGGCUGUUGGUGAGCUUAAAUCAAACGGCUAACGGCUACAGAACUGAGGUCGUUUGGUACACGGACUGAAUUAUCCCAGGAUUAUAUUAUAAUCCUGGGACUAAUUUAUCCCAUCUGGGAGGUGGGAUAAAAUAAUUCCAAGGUUAGUGGAACAAGGUGAGAUAUCCCACCAUGAAGUUUUGAUUUCAUUUUAUAUUCUGUUUGCUAGAAGGUAUAAAUUAAUCUCAGGAUAAAUUUAUACUUUCUGUCAAAUAUGGUACAAAAUUAAUCCCAAAAUUUGUGAUGGGAUAUCCCACCUUAUACCAUGCAGUCGUGCACCAAACGACUUAAGUAUAUAUUUCAAUUCUUCUGACAAGUGCCUAGUCUAUUACAUGUAUCAUUAUUUAUUUCUAGACCUUUUGCCUUUAGAAAUACAUGUAUAAAAUCGUGCAUGCAUUCUUAUAUCAA